GCCGGCGGGACAGGAGCUGCCGCGCUGGCUAUCGACUCGCUACCGUGCCUGCUUAGGUCUCAGAAGUGGCAAUGGCCUCAUUCGUGACGGAAGUCCUGGCGCAUUCGGGGAGGCUGGAGAAGGAAGAUCUGGGCACUCAGAUCAGCCGCCUCACCCGGCAGGUGGAAGAGAUCAAGGGUGAAGUAUGUAGUUUAAUCAGCAAAAAGUAUAAUGAGUUCCUGCCUAGCAUGCAAAGUGCACAGGACCUGGUCUCCCAGGUGGACAGACUAACUGAUGACAUCGACCAGCUGAAAUCCAGGAUAGAGAGAGAAGUUCGACGAGAUCUCCAUAUAUCAACUGCUGAAUUCACAGACUUGAAGCACCAGUUGGAAAGAGACUCAGUAGUCUUAAGUUUGCUUAAACAGCUGCAAGAGUUUUCUACUGCUAUUGAAGAAUAUAAUUGUGCAUUAACUGUGAAGAAGUAUGUCACUGCAGCUCAGCAUUUAGAAGAGGCACAGAAAUGCUUGAACUUAAUAAAAUCCAGAAAAUGCUUUGAUUUAAAAAUGUUGAAAUCUCUGAGCAUGGAGUUUACAAUACAGAAACAGAACAUACUUUAUCAACUUGGAGAAGAUUGGCAGAAGCUGGUUAUAUGGAAAUUCCCACCAUCCAAAGAUACUAGCAACUUGGAGUCUUGUCUACAAACAGAACUUCAUUUACACACUGAACAGCCUGAGAAGGAAGAGAAGAAUCCUGCGCCAUCCAUCACUUCUGUUCUCUUGGCAUUUUCUAUUCUUGGGGAACUACCUGCCAAACUGAAGUCAUUUGGUCAGAUGCUUCUAAAAUAUAUCCUCAAGCCUCUUUCAUCCUGUUCAUCUCUUCAUGCUGUGUCAGAAACCCACCCCAAUGUCAUUAUUAUUCGUUUUGAAUCUGUGACAACUGACUUGGAACAUCCACUGCCGUGUGAAGUUUUUGCAAAUAUCAGAUUGGUAUUGGAAGUGCUACAGAAACAGUUUCUAGAUUUGCCUCUUAACAAUGACCUUGAAAAUGAAAAGCCAUCUAAGAUCAUAUUGGCUGAGAUGCUUGGUGACUUGAUCUGGGAGGACUUGUCCGAGUGCCUCAUUAAAAACUGUUUGGUUUAUUCUAUCCCAACAAAUAGCAGUAAGUUACAGCAGUAUGAAGAGAUCAUACAGUCCACUGAAGAAUUUGAAAAUGCUCUAAAGGAAAUGAGAUUUUUAAAAGGAGAUACUACUGAUUUACUAAAAUAUGCUCGAAACAUCAAUUCUCAUUUUGCUAACAAGAAGUGUCAGGAUGUGAUUGUGAUGGCUAGAAACCUAAUGACCUCUGAAAUUCACAACACUGUGAAGAUUACCCCUGAUUCUCAGAUAAGGGUGCCAGACUUGCCCAGUCCUGAUGAAGACAUCAAGUUAGUGGUUCAAGAAGUGUCCACACCUCAGUACAACAAAGUGGCUCAUUUAGAGCCGGAGAACACAUUGGACCCACAUUCCUUUUCUUUGCCCAUGUGCCGCAUCAGUGAAUCUGUGAAAAAACUAAUGGAACUCGUCUAUCAGACUUUGGUCGAGGCAGCAACCAGCAGUGAUCAAUGUGCUGUUCAACUUUUCUACUCAGUGAGGAAUAUCUUCCACUUAUUCCACGAUGUUGUACCAACAUAUCACAAGGAGAACCUUCAAAAGCUGCCCCAGUUGGCUGCCAUUCACCACAACAACUGUAUGUAUAUUGCUCAUCACUUGCUGACCCUUGGGCAUCAGUUCAGAUCUCGUCUUGCCCCCAUUCUCUGUGACGGCACUACUACUUUUGUGGAUCUUGUUCCUGGCUUUAGGAGACUUGGGACAGAGUGUCUCUUGGCCCAAAUGCGGACACAGAAAGGAGAACUUCUGGAACGAUUAUCAAGUGCUAGAAACUUUUCAAAUAUGGAUGAUGAAGAGAAUUAUUCUGCGGCAACUAAAGCAGUCCGGCAGGUACUUCACCAGUUAAAGAGACUUGGAAUCGUGUGGCAGGAUGUUCUGCCAGUGAAUAUAUAUUGCAAGGCGAUGGGGACUUUACUCAAUACAGUGAUUUCUGAGCUCAUUGGCAGAAUCACUGCUCUGGAGGACAUCUCCACUGAAGAUGGCGAUAGAUUGCAUUCCAUAUGCAAAACUGUGAUGGAUGAGGGACCGCAAGUAUUUGCACCUCUGUCUGAAGAAAACAAAAACAAGAAAUACCAAGAAGAGGUUCCAGUCUAUGUGCCAAAAUGGAUGUCAUUCAAAGAACUGAUGCUGAUGUUACAAGCCAGCCUACAAGAAAUCGGAGAUCGGUGGGCAGAUGGAAAGGGACCCUUGGCAGCUGCAUUCUCAUCCAGUGAAGUAAAAGCUUUAAUUCGUGCCUUGUUCCAGAACACUGAGAGAAGAGCAGCAGCCCUUGCUAAGAUUAAAUAGCUGCUUUUUCCUGAGAAAGCCAUUAUCAUGAUCAUGUGGAAUUCUCUUUCGACGUAAUUAUUUCUUUGAAGAUUUCACCAGAAAUCAUGAUUUGCCACCCAUUGGUUUUGGUGAAUCAGGUUAUCACUGAUGUUUUCUUUCACCUAAGAACACCUUACCUUCUACCUAUAAGAGGCUUUGUUGAAGAACUGAAUGUUCAGAUAUCAAGUGAAGUACCUAGUUUGGCUGACUUUCUAGCCACUCUCACUUGAUAAGAGACUGGAGGGCAACAUUAUUUGAUGUUUCCAGGGCCCUCUGGGAACUGUAUCUAUUGUAAAUGUAAGAUCCUGACCUUGGAUCAAGGACUCCAGUAGAUUUAUGAGCAAAUGGGAGAUAUAUUGGGGGAGGGAAGCUCUGUUAAGGGAAUCACAUUCAGCCUUGCAGGAAUAUGGGAAACUUUCUUUCAUAUUUCUUUCCAAUAAAUAAUGCUUUUCAGA